AAAAUUCCAAUACUUUUCAAUUUUCAUAAAAUUACCCAUUUUUUUUUUUUAAAAAAAAAAAAAUUCUCUCUAGAACUUUUCUCCAUUCUUUUGUAUUAUUCAAAAAUUGGCUACUAAUUUUAAUAAUUAAAAAUAAAGCCCAAUUCUAGAAGUGAAACAUUGAACCUAUAAAUCAAACAAAAAUUAAGUCCCGUAUAGCCUUCUCUAUUAUCUCCCUCUUUCUUAUACUUACAUACGAGUACUACAAAAACUGAAAAACAGCUUAAUUGAUCAUCAAUUCACCAUGGCUGAACAACCUCAAGCUCAUCAGAAACCCCACCUGGCAAUUCUUCCAUCUCCAGGGAUGGGCCACCUCAUCCCUCUCGUCGAAUUCGCCAAGCGUUUAGUCAGAGCUCAUGAUUUCACCAUCACGUUCGUGGUUUCGACCGAUGGCCCCGUACCUUCAAAGACCCAGAAGUCCGUUCUGAGCGCCUUACCGGAGGAAAUUGACCACGUGUUCCUUCCGCCGGUUAACUUCGACGACCUCCCAGAAGACACAAAGGUCGAAACCAUCAUCACUCUCACAGUGGCACGUUCUCUCCCUGCCCUUAGAAACAUCAUCAAGUCAAUGUUCUCGCGUUUCGGCUCGGUCAGCGCUCUUGUCGUCGACCUUUUCGGCACCGACGCUUUUGAUGUCGCACGAGAGUUCAACAUGUUGUCGUAUAUUUUUUACCCGUCUACAGCCAUGGCCUUGUCUCUCUUCCUCCACUUGCCGAUUCUCGACGAAACGGUGUCGUGUGAGUUCAGAGAGCUGCCCGAGCCGGUCAGAAUCCCGGGUUGUAUUCCUAUCCCGGGCAAGGAAUUGCUUGACCCAGUUCAGGAUAGAACAAACGACGCUUACAAAUGGACACUUCACAACGCAAAACGGUAUCGUUUAGCUGACGGGAUUAUGGUGAAUUCGUUCUUGGAAUUGGAGACCGGAGCCGUUUCGUAUUUGACGAAGAGCGAGCCAGGUAAGCCACCGGUUUACCCAGUUGGACCGUUGGUCAACAUGGAACCGUCAACGAAGGCUGACGAGUCUAAUUGUCUGACGUGGCUAGACAAGCAGCCACAUGGCAGCGUUUUAUUCGUUUCGUUCGGUAGUGGUGGGUCCCUCUCUUCGGAGCAGAUUAAUGAGUUAGCUUUUGGAUUAGAGAUGAGUGAGCAAAGAUUCAUGUGGGUGGUGAGAAGGCCCAACGACAAAGUCGCAAACGCCACUUAUUUUAGCGGGACUGCCCAAAACGAAUCGUCGUUUGAUUUCUUACCUAAUGGGUUUUUGGAGCGAACCCAAGGGAGGGGCCUUGUGGUGCCAUCUUGGGCCCCACAGUCCCAAAUUCUGAGGCAUGGCUCGACGGGUGGGUUCCUUUCCCAUUGUGGCUGGAACUCCACACUAGAGAGCGUGGUCAGUGGGGUGCCACUCGUGGCUUGGCCUCUCUACGCAGAGCAAAGAAUGAACGCUUUUAUGUUGACCCACGAAAUUAAAGUUGCCAUAAGGCCUAAAGUGAGUGAGAACGGUAUUGUUGAAAGGGAAGAAAUUGCCAAAGUAGUUAAGUCCCUUAUCGAAGGGGAAGAUGGUAAAAAACUGAGAAACCAAAUGAAGGAUCUUAAAGAAGCUGCGGCUAAGGCUCUGAGUCCAAAUGGGGCUUCUACUAAAGCACUAUCUGAGGUGGUUGGCAAGUGGAAGAACAAGACAUGUAAUUAGAGCUCUUACUCACUCCAUUCUGUUAUUGCUCUUUACUUUUAUUUUGUAUUCUUUUUGUAAUUUAUUUUUCGUCUUCUUCUUGGGUUUUUUCUACUAAGGAUUUUGUGUUACAAAAUGUUACUAUGUAGUAUUGUGUAAUAUGUUUGACUAUAGAAUAUAUAAGACAGAUUAGUGGUUA